UCGAGGGUGCAAAGUGAAAUUAAGCCAAAUUUGCUGCGCUAUUUCUUCUGCAGAGUGAGUUUGGCUUUGCGCGCUUGGGUAAGCAGACAAAAUGGCUAUCAAUUCCAAAUACAUGCAACUUUACGGUUACGAUCUGUUGCUGGGAUCGAUUGCUGCUUUCUAUCUCUUUAUGGCACCUUACACCAAGGUUGAAGAAAGCUUCAACGUUCAGGCAAUGCACGACAUUCUGUACUGGCGGCAGCAUGUGGAGAAGUAUGAUCACUUGGAAUUUCCUGGAGUAGUUCCUCGUACAUUUAUCGGCGCCGUAAUUGUAUCAGUACUAUCUUCUCCAUUUGUACUAGGAGCAAGUUUAUUACAAUUGCCAAAGAUUUACAGUCUUUAUGCAGUUCGUUUGGUGUUAGGUUGGAUCAUCCUGUCGACAUUACGAUUCUUCCGCAUUCAGAUCAGGAAGAACUUUGGAUCUCACGUUGAAGUGUUUUUCGUAGUGUUGACUCUCCUUCAGUUUCACAUGCUGUUCUACUGCACGCGCCCCCUUCCUAACAUAUUGGCAUUUGGCCUAGUUAACUUGGCUUACGGGUAUUGGUUGAAGCGAAGUUUCUAUGCAGCAUUAAAUUCUUUGAUUUUCGCCACAAUCGUCUUCAGAUGUGAUAUCUUGUUACUUGCCGCCCCUCUGGGCCUGGAGUUAUUGCUGUCUAGAUCAAUUUCAUUACCGAAAGCUCUAUUAUCUUGCACGGUAACUGCUCUGUUUUGCAUAGGUCUGACAGUGCUGGUUGAUUCAAUCCUAUGGAGGAAGUUGUUGUGGCCUGAACUUGAAGUUUUCUGGUUCAAUUCGGUGUUGAAUCGAAGUUCCGAAUGGGGUACACAUGCUUUUCACUGGUACUUUACUUCGGCACUUCCCCGUUCAUUGCUGGCCGCAUAUCCGCUUUUUAUGCUGGGUGUUUUACUUGACAAAAGGGUUCGGUUCUACAUUAUUCCCGUUUUAUCCUUUGUUGUGCUUUACUCAAAGCUUCCCCACAAGGAGCUCCGUUUCAUUAUUAGUUCCCUUCCUAUGUUCAAUUUAUCUGCUGCAAUUGCUGCUAGUAGAAUCUACAACAACAGGAAGAAGAGUUUCUGGAAGUAUCUUUAUGUUGCCAUGCUGGGGUUGUUCCUCGUCAGUCUAGGGUGUACGAUCUUGACGUUUAUGGCAUCGUACGAGAACUAUCCUAGUGGUUACGCCCUUAAAGAAUUACAUAAGACGGGACACUUGGCGAACAAUGCAAACAAAGUGUCAGUUCACAUUGAUACCUUCUCAGCAAUAAAUGGAAUCUCGCGAUUUUGUGAAAAUCACGAACCGUGGCGGUACUCGAAAGAAGAAGGGAUCCCUUUGCAAGAAUUUCAGACUAGAAAUUUUACGUACCUUUUGAGUGAGCAUGCUCAAGUCAAUGGUUAUAAGUGUCUCUUUAGUAUAAAGGGUUUUUCAGGGACUCGUCUUCAUGUUGGAUUUCCUCCGAUAUCUCUGGUCAAAAUACCAAAGGUGUUUGUGCAUGGAAAUGUCGAAAACGAGGAAAUAAUGCAUAGAAGCUGGCCAGGAUGCUAACAUAGCAGUUGAGAUGAUUCUGACUAAGGCUGCGUUUCAUUUCUUUGUGGUUCUUGCCUCUACAGUGCCGAUUGUUGCAGUUCAUGCAGUUCUAAGCAAAUGGGAUGAUUUUGUGGUUGUGUCUGAGAAAGAGGCUGGAGAGAUUGCUCUUCUUGUGCAGAAGAAACUUGGUGAUGAUGUUUCUCUGUCUGAGAAUUUGGUUUGAAUUUUUUUUUUUUUUUUUUUUAUAAUUUCUAUAUAUUGUUAUUAUGCUAAAAAAAGUUUGUAAGAGAGUGUGUUGAAUAAUAAUUGUUAGUCGAAUAAAAAGAUCAAGAAUUUGAAA